CGCUGCUGGCGAAAGAACCGUUUGCAGUACCGUUUUUGCUCCACUCUGGUUCUUUCCUGUUGUCGAUUCGUGCGUAUGUAUCUAAUGUCUGAUAGAUGUCUAUGUCAUUCAGCCAAACAAGGUCCGCAGGGAGCCCGUUUUUCAUUGAAACGUCGAGUUCUCUGGUAUCUUUAAACCAGGCGCUUAUUCUAUUACUGGAAUAUAUCUGGCACCGUCUCCGUAGCGUCCUCUACGUUUCUGUUAUAGUGUAUGCGCGUGGCCGGUCCGUUCUUAUUUGUAACUUCCAAACCAGGUUCUGCCUGAACGGAAUGGACUUCAUUGCAGCAGUGAUAUACCCGGAUGACUCGAAUUUGAUCGUCUAUACGUUCGACUACGUAACGGUAUUGGUUAAGCGUCGAAACGACUUCAGAAAAUGUCUGAUAGGUGACAAGUUUCAUCUGGACAUAACGAAUCUACGGUAAAAGUUCAAUCGCUGUUGGAAAGACGGUGAAGAA